AUGCCUUUAGAGUAUCCCGAUAUUAAGGUCAAUGUUCCCAUCAUAAGGAAGCUUCCAGAUACUGGUGCAGACUCCCUGUAUUCCGUUGGCUCCUCCCUGACCUUGACCUGUCAAGCUGAUGGUAGUAUUGCCGGAACAGUUUCCACAGCAGCCUCUCUCACUCCCACUAUCGGAGACUCUGUUGACCUCACCUGUACAUAUACACUAGACCCCGGUGACACAGUCUAUCCGGGAGCUAUUUCCUGGCAAGUUAAAACAGGAUCAGGACCAGAGGAUUUUACAAACAUUGCCACUUUUUCUCCUCCUGGUUCAAGUGGAUCUAAUUCCUUUACACAGUUUGCCACAGAUUAUAAUUAUAAGAAUCGUUCUGAGUUAUUCAAUGUUACAGCUAAUGGAGCUAAUUCUUAUGUUGUUGUGAUGAGAGUAAAUGAGGUGAUGUGUUCAGAUGAGAAUCACUAUAGGUGUUCUGUUUUAUUUCUUAAUGCUGGAUUAGGUCCUGUAGUUAAGACAAAAGAAACCUCUGUCGCAGCUAGAGCACCUGCUGAGCAACCUUAUGACUUUCCAGUUCUUGAACCAGACAAUAUAGAAGAGAACAUGGUAGUGACUUUAUCCUGUACAGCCAAUAUUGGAAAACCUCCAGGACAAAUCAAGUGGUGGCGCUACAGGAAUGGGAUAACGGCUCCCCAGGAAAUGACAGGGGUGUCUACGGCCUCCCCACCGGUUCAAGAAGGCGUGUGCGUCUACAACAUGACCAGCACGGUAAUAUACAGGAUGACGAAGGAUGAUGACCAGUCGGUGUGGAGAUGUUUCGUGGACAAUGAACUGUUAACAAUACUAGACCGAGACAAACCUAAUCAAGAAUCUAAAAGGGUUAAUGUAUUCUUUAAGGUCAAUGUUCCCAUCAUAAGGAAGCUUCCAGACACUGGUGCUGACUCUAAGUAUUCCGUUGGCUCCUCCCUGACCUUGACCUGUCAAGCUGAUGGUAAUCCAACACCUGGAAUCCACACAAAUAAGACUGUUAACAGAUAUCAAUGGACGUUCAAAGCCAGUCCCAAUGACAAUGUUACAGAACUAUCAUCCAUUAAUGGAACAUUGACUCUGACCAAUCUUCAGGAAACUGAUACAGGGACUUAUACUUGUACUGCAUUCAAUGGAUUCAAUGAAAAAUUUUUUAAGGCAUCUAGAGACCAAAUUUUACAAGUUGAAAUCAUCGCUGGCGGGACCAUUGGAGGAGUUGUUUUAGUUGUACUUGUUGGUCUUUUGAUCUUUAACAGAAGAUACCAAAUUUUAUGUGUUGAAAGAAAACAAAAUUCAAGUAACAGAAAAAUGGAAGAGUUAAACACUGUCUCUGGCACACAAAGGCUUGAAACAGAGAGGAGAGCUCAAUAUGAAGAGCUGACACAGAUUCGUCGGGAUCAGGAAAACGGAUAUGACGUCAUUAGACCGCCAAUAAAUAAUGGAUCAUACGGUACAGCAUAUGAAGAACUAAAACACAGAAAAGAAGAACACGGAUAUGAAAAACUUUCAGACACUACAGCUAUGGUAAACUACGAAAAACUACAAAAUAAGAUUGGUCACGUAAAACAACCUUUUGAACCAUCAAGAACACAAAGUAAUAAACAACCUCUGCAUUUUGGACAAGAUUACCUUACACCAAUUGGAUACAGAAGAUAA